GUCGUGUCUGGAUUGGAACAUUACAGUGUAACAAUCGGAAAAGCUAAGCAUUUGGUAAUUGGACACACGGGUAAAGGAAUCUUGCAGUUAACAAAUACUUUGUAUUUUCGGAUUCAUGCUUUGUAUUUGCUUUCGGGAAAUUCGAUAAAUUAUAUCUUUUUAGAUUGUAUGUAUAUCAACCGGGUGAUUAAGAUAUGAAUUUGUCUACAUUUAUGUGCGUCGAGAUAGGUUUGUUUUUCACAUAUAAGAGAAAUGCAGGGAUUCGUACGGCUUGAGAGGAUAAACUACGACACUCUUCACAUCAUCCAGCUCUAACAAGAGGCAUUGAAAAAUUAAACUCGUAAAAAACCGAGCGAAACCAGAUGAUUUAACUACUGAUCGCUGGAUGUUUACUAAAUUGGUUGCAUCAAAUAUUACUCAGACUGCUUGCGACUUUAUCAGAAGUGUUGGUCUUGUAUGUGCUCGGCAAGGCACCUUGAGCCCCUUGGCAAUAACCGAGUGAGUAGGCUACUUGGUCCUGGAUGAUUGCGACUGGCUUCACGGAAGGAAAGGGUGUUGAAGGCGCAUCUCAACUUAUUUGAAACAGACAGAAAGUGGGAGAAACACAGCGGGGUCCCGCUGAAUCAGACUACUCACCUGGAUUGGGUAAUAUAUUGCCACCUUGCCUUGCGAAAUACUGUAGGCUAGUAUAGAAUGAUAAAUAAAAGAGGGGAAAUAGAUAAUAAUUAAAGUCGCCCACAUGCGCUGGAUCAAUCGUUGGAUUGGGGAACGGAAUCAGAAGAAGGUGGAAGAGGUGAGUUCAAAUUCCUUACAGGCUGGUGGAAGAUGGCGGAGCGGUGCUGCCGGAGGUGGUGAGAGCGAAACUUCGGGGCGCCUUGGAUUUAUUUGCGAACAUCUCGAUUCGGACCGUAGGACACAUGCAGGCCAAAAAACGAUAUUUAAUUUUGCUCUCCAUCGGCGCAUGUCUUGUUCUACUGUUCGUCUUUGGGGGUUUACAAGUCCCAACGUCCAGCAGGAAUCCAAGCCGGCGAGACGACCACAGCCGCAAUGGAUAUCACCCGGAUCAUCCUUGGCCACACUUUUCGGACCCUUUACUACCAUUCGUUCCUUGGGAUCAAGGGGAUACCGAGGAUUACAACAUCCACAUAUCGCCGAAGCAGAAAAGAGAAAUAAAUUCGAGUGUUUACAAAGGCAAACGAUGUCGCAUGGAUUCCUGCUUCGAUUUCACUGUGUGUGAAAAGAACGGUUUUAAAGUUUACGUUUACCCCCAGCAGAAGGGUGAAAAGAUCUCAGAAAGUUACCAAAACAUUUUAGCGGCCAUAGAGGGGUCUAGGUUUUAUACAUCGGACCCCGGGCAAGCUUGUUUGUUUGUCUUGAGUCUGGAUACUCUAGACCGGGACCAACUGUCGCCACAAUAUGUGCACAGUCUAAAAACUAAGAUUCAGAACUUGCAUCUCUGGAACAACGGUAGGAAUCACCUUGUAUUCAACCUGUAUUCGGGCACAUGGCCGGACUACACGGAAGACUUGGGAUUCGAUAUAGGACAGGCCAUGCUGGCAAAGGCGAGCAUAAGCACGGAGAACUUCAGACCCAACUUUGACGUAUCAAUCCCGCUUUUCUCAAAGGACCACCCCAGGACCGGAGGGGAACGGGGAUAUUUAAAGUACAAUUCCAUACCCCCUUUCAGGAAGUAUAUGCUGGUAUUUAAGGGGAAGCGGUACCUGACUGGGAUUGGUUCAGACACGAGGAAUGCCUUAUAUCAUGUUCAUAACGGCGAGGAUGUGGUUCUUCUCACUACGUGCAAACACGGCAAGGACUGGCAAAAACAUAAAGAUGCACGCUGCGACAGGGACAAUGCCGAAUAUGACAAGUUUGACUACAGAGAGAUGCUGCACAACUCCACCUUCUGCCUGGUGCCACGCGGGCGUCGGCUCGGCUCAUUCCGCUUCCUGGAGGCUCUGCAGGCUGCCUGCGUCCCUGUCAUGCUUAGUAAUGGCUGGGAGCUUCCCUUCUCUGAGAUCAUCAGCUGGAACACGGCCGCUGUGAUUGGGGAUGAGAGACUGCUCCUGCAGAUUCCAUCAACGGUCCGGUCCAUCCAUCCAGACAAAAUCUUAUCUAUGCGGCAGCAGACACAGUUCCUGUGGGAGGCCUAUUUUACUUCAGUGGAGAAGAUUGUAUUGACUACUCUGGAGAUCAUUGAGGACAGGUUGUUUCGGCACGCAUCCCGGAACAGUCUGAUGUGGAACAGCCUGCCCGGAGGUCUCUUUACCCCUCCCCAAUACUCUGCUUACCUGGGUGACUUCCCUUUCUUCUACGCCCAGCUAGGUAUCAAACCCUAUCCAAAGUUCACAGCGGUCAUCCACGCAGUGACACCCUUGGUCUCCCAGUCUCAACCCAUUCUCAAACUACUGGUGGCUGUGGCUAAGUCCCAGUACUGUGCCCAGAUCGUUGUCUUGUGGAACUGUGAUAAGCCCCUCCCUGCCAAACACCGCUGGCCCUCAACCCCAGUGCCCGUGAUUGUCAUUGAGGGGGAGAGCAAGGUGAUGAGCAGUCGAUUCCAGCCCUAUGAGACAAUCGUCACAGAUGCAGUGCUGAGCCUGGACGAGGACACGGUCCUUUCCACCACUGAGGUGGAUUUUGCCUUCACUGUGUGGCAGAGCUUUCCUGAGAGGAUUGUGGGAUAUCCAGCUCGUAGCCAUUUCUGGGACAGAAACAAGGAGCGUUGGGGCUACACCUCCAAGUGGACCAAUGACUACUCCAUGGUGCUGACUGGAGCUGCAAUAUACCACAGAUACUACCACUACUUGUAUACCAAUUACCUACCGACAAGCCUGAAAAGUCUUGUUGACCAGCUGGCCAACUGUGAGGACAUCCUCAUGAAUUUCCUGGUGUCUGCAGUCACCAAACUUCCUCCCAUCAAAGUCACUCAGAAGAAACAGUACAAGGAGACCAUGAUGGGACAGACCUCUCGCUCCUCCCGCUGGGCGGACCCGGACCACUUUGCCCAGCGACAGACCUGCAUGAACAAAUUUGCCAGCUGGUUUGGCUCCAUGCCCCUGGUCCACUCCCAGAUGCGACUGGAUCCGGUUCUGUUCAAGGACCAGGUCUCCAUCCUGCGCAAGAAGUACAGGGACAUUGAGAGACUUUAAUGAGCCCAGGCCCCACCCUCCCAAAGGGGAGAGGGAGGGGUGCAGAAAGAGGGCGGACAGAUACGGGGAUUUUGGGGGGAGAGGACGUGUCAGGCUGCCACAUGAACAGAGGGCCCUACAGCUCUGUCUCCCACUCCCUUGCGAUGCAUUGCCAGCGAUGACAGGCAAUUACUACGACGACGGCUUUGUCAGUGGAGCUGACGCAAGAACAUGCGCACACACACACGCAUCACUGAUCACAGGACUUCUGGUAGCCUUUUUGCUCUCACAAAUCAUAAAUGAAACAGAUGGAUGCCUGAAUCUUCUCAGUACAGACGGAUCACGGUUAAAGAAAGGAAGUGUUCACACUUGGGUCUCGAAUCAGUGUUCUCCCUGUCCAAAAAUACGCACCCCAUUCUUUUAACUAUGCAGAGUUAUUUCAGAGAGAUCAAUGCUCUGUUACUUUGAUACUUCUGUUUUUCUUGGGUUCUCAUGCCUAGUGCCAUUUACGUAUCUCUUUUGCUACUGUUGAGCUGAACCAGGCAAACUCAUUCUACCCCUUUUUUUCCGCUAUAGAUCUGAAACCAGGCCCAUGUUACACAUGUUAGUUUGAAGUAUAAAAAUUUCUUUUCAAAUUAAACUGAAUUUAAUUAGAGAAUUUUGGGUUGUUAUUGUGGUGAAUUUACAUUGUAUUCCCAUCACGAUCACACUCCCAAAAAAGCCUUUUGGUUUUUGCUUGGCUGGUCUCAAACUGAUUGCUUAUAAAGCCUUUUGAAUGUUAUGGAGACUUUAACUUUGGCUUAAGCAUUAAAUGAGCCAUGAAAUGCCCAGUCCCACCACAAUUCCUCUAAGAAUUUCCCUUAUGGUGAACACCUUUCUGUCUGUAGAGGAGAUGCAAAAGUAAAAAUCGAUCGAACCUUUGCUUGCCUUUGAGUUUUUCCCCAAAUCCCACAUUUUCAAAUGUGAAAGCCCACAGACAUUUAAGUGAAAUUACAUGUUAAUUGUUCAGUGUAUUGUCUCUAGAAGUCUUCUAACUGGGGUCACUUAGCUGAAGGCAAAAAGGGAAUCUUUUGGCAACCUUAUUGCCUCAACUUGGAAUUUUGGUUUUCUUUUUUUUGUUUUUUUUGUUUUUACUUUAUGUAAUGUUUGUUUUUUCCCCCAGUGGCCACACUCAACUCAACCGCACACAUUGAGAGGUGAGUAUUUUUUUAAAGAAAAAAAACAAUUAUGAUUGUAUGCAGCUAAUGAUGGAACAUUGAAACAAAGGUUGAGAUCUCCUUCCACUAAACAUGUGCUUCUGAAAUGCAAAUGCCAGAAACACCCCAUUUAUAGGGCAUGUCAUACAUGUCUCCCUUAACCACCCAUCUGAAUGUUAUAUACCAUAAGCAGGUCCUAAACAUUUACCCAGGCCCAUUGCUACAUCCCGCACAUGAACCUUUUGAUGCAACUUUGGUGAUUAUGUGGCUGUUUCAAUACUCAUAGUUUGUCUUAUUUUUCCUUAUUUUGUACAACUACAUUUCAAGGCACUGUUGCUCAGACAGCUCCGUUUUUAGUCUGUAAGAAAUUUCAAAGAAAUAUUGUAAGAGCAGGGGCUUUUAUAGUCUUGGCUUUAACAGGUACUUGAAUGCCUGAGGACUUGAAGGUGUGCCAUGCAAAGUGGCCUUUUUUUUGUAAAGGCAUCUGGCCUUAACUUUAAGCAGCAGUGAGCAACUGCUAUAUGUAGUUUGUUGUAUUGUUAUUGUAGAUUUAUAGGUUUAUGAAAUAUGCAACCAACAUUAAAUUGCCAAUUAAAUUACUUGUUAUUCCGAAUUCACAUUACAAAUUAAUGCCCAGUUUACCCACCUUCUUUACUCAAACAAAUGUUGUUUGCCUGUCGCAAAAAUUCAAAAUUCAUAAUUAAGUUAUUAAAGAGGAAUGUCAUCAAUAAACAAAGAAAGAUUUUUUUUUUUGAUGAACACAUCCCUUACAUGUUUCAAAUUGGAAUUACUUUAACUUUCUUAUGAUUCGUUUAUCACGUGAGAAAGCUCAUGUAGGUUGUCUUCCAUUGUUAUUUUACUGCAGUGUAAUAGAUCCUAAGUUCUGUGUGUGAUCAUGGUGUAAUACUUUAAUACUGAAGUAGGGAAUAGCAAGGUUGAAUGAAUGAACUCUGAUGUCUUGCAUAAACCGGUCAACAGAAAAUCCAUUUCAUUAACUACAUCAGCUGUUUUGAACCAAUUGCUCACAUCUGAUUAAUAUUUAAGGUCAGUACCCCUUUAAUCACCUUAUUUUCUGAGAAAUAUCACGCCUUUUUGAAUAUGAAUUUCAUAUACGGUAGAUGUGCAAAAUUAGAUGUGUAUAUUGUAUGCAUAUUGGAUUGUCUUAUAUCAAAAGGUCACAUAAGCAGCCUGUUUAUUAAUGUUUUGUUAUAAAUUUAUAUUGAUGUGCAUAUUUAUUUUCAGAGGAACAAAAACAAAAUCAAAGCUCAAAUAUGUAUUCAGUGUUAUUCUUAAAAUGAGUGCGGUAUUUUCAUAACUGAGGAAAAAGUCAA